AAAUACUUCAACUCCCAUUACUCCAGUUGUUUACGUUUAAUAAAUAAACAACAAUUGUAGAUUGAUUAAAUGUGAUUUCUUUCGUCUGCGUGAUUACCUAACUACUUGAGUACCUUUUCCAAAUUCUUAACAGACAGAAAUGCAACAUAUUUUUUUGUAAUUGUGACUGCUCUUGAAAUUAAAUAAUAAUGAAGUUUUGUAAUAAGAAUAUUCUUUUAAAUUUUUUAAAAUGCAGACAAUUUGGAAGCUCAUUACUUCGUCAAAUGUCUUCAAACGUUCGCAUAGGGUGUGCGAGCGGAUUUUGGGGAGAUACUGCUACGUCAGUUCCUCCUCUUGUACACGGAGGAAAGUUAGACUUCCUUGUUAUGGACUAUCUCUCGGAAAUUACAAUGUCAAUUUUAGCUGCUGCAAAGCAGAAAUCUCCAGAUAUGGGUUACACUCCUGAUUUUAUUCAUUCUGCUCUAGUGCCAAAUCUUCCUGCAAUUAAAGAAAAAAAUAUUAGAGUAAUAGCAAAUGCUGGUGGAAUCAAUCCUCAUUCUUGUGCAGAUGCUCUAAAAGCAGCUGCAAAAAAGUUAAAUAUUGAUCUAAAAAUAGCUGUUAUAACAGGAGAUGAUUUAUUACCUGAGCUGGAAAAGUUAAAAAGCAUGAACAUCAAAGAUAUGGAUAAAGGUACCUCAAUGCCAACUAAUGUAACUAGCAUGAAUGCUUACCUAGGGGCUGGUCCAAUUGCUAAGGCUAUAGAUCUUGGAGCUGAUGUGGUCAUUACUGGUCGCUGUGUUGAUAGUGCUUUAGUCUUAGGCCCUUUGCUAAGCAAAUUCAAAUGGAAUAUGAAGGAUUUGAAUAAACUUGCAAUGGGAAGCUUAGCUGGUCAUUUACUUGAAUGUGGAGCUCAAGCCACUGGUGGAGUUCACACUGAUUGGCACAAAGUAAAAGAUUGGCACAAUAUGGGAUUUCCAAUUGCUGAGUGUAAGGAAAAUGGAGAUUUUUUGAUUUCUAAACCUCCAAAUACUGGUGGUAUUGUCACUGUUGGGACUGUUUCUGAACAGUUAGUUUAUGAAAUAGGAGACCCUGCUAAUUAUCAUUUACCAGAUGUGCUGUGUGAUUUUUCAAAUGUAAAAUUUUCUCAAAUUGAAGAUAAUGUGGUUUUAGUACAAGGUGCUCGAGGUAAAACUCCAUCAGAUUAUUAUAAGGUUAGUGCCACUUCAAAUGAUGGAUAUCGUGCAACAUCUGUUUACCCUGUAGUUGGCCCACGAGCUGCAGAAAAAGCCAUUAUUACUGCCAAAUCUAUAAUUGAAAGAUCUGAAAAUAUUUUUAAAAAGCUGGGAUUAGAAAAAUUUAGACGUACUCAUAUUGAAGUUUUAGGCACCGAGCAAAAUUAUGGUGAAAAUUCUCGUGUCAAAAAUAACAGAGAAGUAGUUAUGUGGAUUGCUGUUCACCAUGACAAAAAAGAAGCCAUUUCCUUAUUUUCAAAAGAAAUAGCUGCUGCAGCCACUGGCGGAACUCCCGGAUCAACAACUAUGGUAGGGGGCCGUCCAAAAGCCUCCACCCUUUUGAAGUUAUUUUCAUUCCUGUACCCAAAAAACAAAAUUCAGGCUAAAAUAACAUAUGAAGGAAAAACAGAGUCCUACACUCCAGUCUUGUUUGAAAAUGAACAGUCUACACAUUCAAUGAAUGGUCACAAAGAAGAGAAACCUAUUUUGAAAAAAGGAACAAAAACUUAUAGGUUAGAAGACCUUGCUUACACUAGAAGUGGUGACAAAGGUGACAUUUGUAAUGUUGGUGUCAUUGCAAGACACCCAUCUUUUGUACCAUAUAUUGAGGAACAGCUAACUCCUGAUUCUGUAGGAAAAUAUUUUAAACACCUCUUUAAUGGUGAAAAGCAAGUUGUUGAAAGAUACAAGCUGCCUGGUAUAAAUGCAUUUAACUUUGUUAUGAGGGAAGCUCUGGGAGGUGGAGGUGUUGCUUCAUUGCGUAGUGAUCCUCAGGGUAAGGCUGCUGCACAAAUUUUGACAGACUUUGAACUGCAUAAUAUGCCAGACUUACAGACUUUUGAAAAGUAAAAUAAUUAAACAGAAUCUCCAAUGAAAUUUUAUGCGAUCACAUUUUUAUGUUCUUUUUAGAAAUUGUUG